UGUGCUGGCCCCGCAGGUGGCUCCCGAGGCGUCGGCUUCAUCCGCUUUGAUAAGAGGAUAGAGGCUGAGGAGGCCAUCAAGGGCCUGAAUGGCCAGAAGCCUUCAGGUGCCGCCGAGCCCAUCACGGUCAAGUUUGCCAACAACCCCAGUCAGAAGACCAGCCAAGCCCUUCUGUCGCAACUCUACCAGUCCCCCAACCGCCGAUACCCCGGGCCCCUGCACCACCAGGCCCAGAGGUUUAGGCUGGACAAUUUGCUUAAUAUGGCCUAUGGCGUAAAGAGGUUCUCCCCCAUCACCAUUGACAGCAUGACCAGCCUGGUGGGCAUGAACAUCCCCGGGCACACGGGUACUGGUUGGUGCAUCUUUGUGUACAACCUGUCCCCGGAUUCGGAUGAGAGUGUGCUCUGGCAGCUGUUCGGGCCGUUCGGUGCCGUCAACAACGUCAAGGUGAUCCGUGACUUCAACACCAACAAGUGCAAAGGCUUUGGCUUCGUCACCAUGACGAAUUACGACGAGGCGGCCAUGGCCAUCGCCAGCCUCAACGGCUACAGGUUGGGCGACCGCGUCUUGCAAGUCUCCUUCAAGACUAACAAGACACACAAGUCCUGAACUUUUUCACAGGUAGAAGCAGUUGCCCCGCGACUUUGUCUGCUCCCAAAAUUCCCUCCCCUCCACCUCUUACCCCCUCCACCCAUCCCCUCCCCCACCCCACCCUUUUAUCCCCCUUCAGUCACCACCACUACCACCCAACUACAGCCAUCCAACACAGCAAAACUCCGACCGGGACACAAAGCAACCAACAAACCAUCAAACAAAUUGAACUAGAAAUGGCUUAUAUUAUAACUUUGGACCUAUAAGCCAAUGUUGCCUAAGUAUUACAAAAAUGAAAUGAUGAAAAUGUUCACGAGUUUUUGGAAGCUCCUGUGAUAAUGCAGGCUUCUCUUUGUUGUAUAUUCUGUUUGUUGUGGUUGUUAAAAUGAUUUUUCUCUUCUGUGUAAACAGUAGCAAAUCCCUGUAUCCCCCUUAUUUCAGAGAAGAGAAUGUCCUUUUUAGAUUGGAGCCUUUUCUCUGUCUUGAUUCAGGAUUUGUUUUUCUUUUGUAAAUCCGGAUCCACUGUCGUUAGUAUUAUAUACCUCCCUGUCAAUGAAAGGGAAGGGGCUCUUUUUUAAAUUAGUGAACCAUUCAUUCAUUUUUAGUGUGUAAUUUAAAAAACUUCCCCCUUAUGAUUCUAGAUGGGAUCUCUGCGGAUUUCCCGGUAACUGAUGUAGAAAAAAAAUGAAUUUCUAACAUUGUUUUUGUUUUGUAUCGCGAACAAAACAUAAUGUCUUUCCUCACUUGGGGUUUCAGGGAGAUGGGGCGAGGGAGGGGAUGGGUUAGCUUUCCUGAUGACACGUUCAGUAAUUUAAGAAAAAAAAAUAACACUGUUGCCAAAGAGAAGAUCUCUUUGCUUGGAAAAAAAAAUACGCAUUAAGAAAAAAAAAGAUAAAAAUAAAUAGAAAGAAGAUCUAUUUUUAUAAAUGAUAAUUAAAAUAAUAAUUAUUGAAGAAUUUUUACAAGAAUCUGGAUUUGAAGAAAAAAAAGAGAAAAAUAUUUUGACUGGCUAACUAGGGGGGGCCGGGGCGGGCGGGAGGGGGCACCACCUUGUCUUUGUCGUUCUGCCGUGGUACCUUAUCGGAUCAGAGGUUUGCUCGGUUUUUUGGGGAAUUCCAAGUCGGCAAAGCGAUUUUGUAGAUGGAAGGUUUUGUGAAAAGGGAUGCAAACUUGAGGCAGGUGAUUUUGGUAAUUUUUCACAUGUGUACUAGUGCGUAAUUAUUCAACAGCGAUACCCAAAAGGGAAGGGAGAGGGGUCUUUUUCCGAGGCCUAACCAUCCAUAUUAAGUCCAGAGCCCAAAGCAAGAAGACCCUUUUGUUCACUUGUUUUCGUUUUUUUCGUCAUCAGUCAAUAUGGGAUAUCAGUAACUAGAUAUAUAUACACAUCUAUCCAUUUAGAGAGCAUACUACACAUUAUCUAUAUCAUUUUCUUCGCUCUGCGUUUGUGAAACUUACAUUUGAAAAGAACUUCCUUUUAGCGAUCAACAGUAGGUGCUAUACUACAUUAUUCACAUAUCUUAAAUAUCCAAGUUUGUUGUUCUAUGUGUUGUUUAAAGAAAAAAAUACUUCGAUGUUGGCAUUGAAUUGAGCUGCUGUUCUUUGUUUAAUAUUUGUUUAAUGUCGGCCCAGGAGUCUGGUGAGACUAUUUCUUUGCUGAAUAACCAGAUUUAAUGAAUUUUUGGGCCUUGUAAGAAUCACUGAACAAAACUUUUUAUUUUGUAUUUUUUGAUUUCAUUUGUUUGUUUGGCUUGCUGACUUUUUUGGUUACUUGCUGAGCGUGAAACGUUUGUCAAAAACUUAAUGAUGAUUAGCUAGUUCUGUUAGUCUAGAUAUUUGUUUCCUUAAAAAGGAUCUAUGACAACUGUGUCUUUAUUUGCUGUGUACAAAUAGAUGAUAUAUAUAAAUAUAUAUAUAGUCUACAUUUGUUUUACAAUAUCUACUGUACUAUCUGAGUUGUCACUGUUCUUUUGUUUGAGCUUGUCUUUUUCAUAUGACAAUUUAUUAUGAAGUGGUGGUUCAGUUACUUAGAAAAACUUGUGAGGAAACUGUUCAAUUGUUGUCAUGUUGCUUGUGGAGAAAAAAAAAAUUGGAUUAACUUUUGAGUUUAACUACCGCGGCAAAAGAAACCGAACAUAAAGCUUAGAAUAUAACUGUAUUUGUUUGACGGUUUUGUUUACUUAUUUUUUAAACUAUUUAUUUUUCUAUUUAUUUCUAUUUAUUCUAUAUUUAUUAAUUGAUUAAUUUAAAUCUGUGUAAUUUAUGUAUUUAUUUGUUUCAUUGUCUGUGUAUUUGCGUGAUUCUGGUACAGGGAGGGGGGCGUUUCUGAGCAAAAGGGAACAAAGCGACUAGUGGAGAGGCUCUUCCAGUAGUCCACUGCACUGAGAGAACUUUUAGUACGUUUGUGCUUUGUACCAAUAUAUCAAAAUUACAAUAUAAAAAAUCUAAAAGUCAAGAAAACUGAAAAAAAUGUCUGGAGGGUUGGGGGACGCUCUUCCCUUAUUACUAGAAACAGUUACUCGCUAUGCAUAACCUAGUUAAUAGUUAAAUUUGCUAUUGCUUUUUUCUUGUCUUGUUAAAAUGAAAUCUUUAGAUCUUUUUCAAUAAAGUUUAGUCUUAAUAGAAUGUUAUAAACAGUCGUUCUGGUUCAAUAUAACCUGUGAUAAGUUUGUGUAGUUCUAAAAAGCCACUCCGUCCACACCCUCCCUCCACUUACUACCGCUUUGUGAUGAAACCUUAUGCAAAAAUGUGGGUCUGAAAGCAUAGUUUUCAGUUUUCAGUGAACAUUUUAUAUAACAUUCAGCUCUUGGAGGCUUGGGCAGAUAAAUUUAAAAAAACAAAAAAAUGUUCUUUGAGGGUCAUUCAUUGCACUGGACUAAAUCGGUCAAAGUCACUAAAGAGUCAGAACUUAUUUUUAAGAAUAUUCAUCAUGUUUUCAAAUGACAUACCAACAAAUCUUUAAAAAUGAGAAAUUGUUACCAUUGCACACCAACUGUUAUUUACAACAGUUGUUGCUAUACUUAAAGAAGUACUCUGGAGGUAUAAAAAAAAGGGAUUGUACCGAUUCUAUAUUUUAUAUACUCUAAUAUGAUAUAUAUUAUAUAUUUUGAAAGGUGAAAGGUAAGGGAAUGGUUCCAGACGUAUAAAUAUAAAGGAAAUUGGAUUUUUUUUGUUUGUUGUUAAGACUUGAAAACAUGAAGGAGGUGUGUGGAGAGCAUUUGAAACACUCAGACGCAUGCUCGCAUUAGUACAUCCUCUUCCUCUCUCACACCUCAGUCAUCUGACAAGCCAGGUCAUCCGACGCCAUUACCAUCAUCCAACAGCCAUCCGCGCCAUCCAAUCAUGUUCUCAUAACGGCAACAAACCAACCAACCGACCAACCAACCGACCAACCAGACCCCUUCUUGCUCCCCGCCGCCGUCGGGAGCUUGAAUUAUGCAACGACCCCAGUAGAAUGUUCUGAUGUGUGAACUAAUUUCCUACACUGUAUGACUUUUGAACUCUUACGAUGCGUGCCUGUGUUCCGCCUAGACCCCGUGUGCACGUGUGGUGUGUGCGUGCGGAUGUGUGCAUGUUCGUGUGCAUGUUCCUUUACGUAUUUUGUGCGCAUCGUCCGCAUAACGUUCGUCAGCGUGGAGUGAAUCCAUGUGUGUGUGUGUGUAAUACAGUACAGUAGUGUUUGUGCACAUGUAUACGAGUGUAUGUGUGUGUUUCCCUGCGUGCGUGUGUGUGUGUUUGUGUGGCACGGGCGAUUGUGCAAAAUGUGCGAGUGUGAGUGUGUGUGCAUGUCAGGGUGUUUGAAACAUGGGGCUGCGUCACCUCGCUCUAUGCCCAACCCUAUGGCUCACACCAUCCCCUGUAGCGCCUUAUAGUGGCAGCCUGCCAGUAGGAACAACGCAGCCAGUAGUGGAGGAGGGAAGGUGAACAGAGGAACUAGGCUCUUCUUGUCAGUUUUCAUUUUUCCUCCUGAGACGUGUUUGUUUACUAUCUGAAAAAUCUAUAAAAUGAAAUCUUUAAAGACAAAAAAGACGAAAAAAUGUUCACAGGGCCCCAUGACCGCGGCUCUCUCUACUCUCUCCUGCUUCUGUUAUUACUUAACAAUUAUCAAUGAUGAUUAUUAUGAUUAUUAUUGCUAUUAUUCUUAGUAUUCUUAUUCUUAUUAUUAAUCCAAUUACUGCGAUGAAUGACUUCAUGUUAUCCUUGCUAGUUUAGGUCAUUUCUGAAACUGGAAACAAAAAUAAAAAUCUUGCUGUAAAUGUUUGUUUUUUCUUUUUCAUAAAACUGUUGUGUUUGAAUUAUUUGUACUUUUGAAUGUUGGGACAAUAAAAUGAGGUGUUAAGAGCU